AUGACAACCGAGCUCGGAUUCCUAGCCCUCACCCAGCUCCAGAAGAUUGCUCAGUCGUCGUCGCAGAAGACCGAAAAUCGAGACCACGAAAAUCGAAAUCAAUCUCAUCAUCAUCACCAGCAACAAUAUCAUCAUCAGCAACGACAACAACAACUGAUGUUGGCAUCAGGAUCAGCCGCCGCGACACCUCCAACCACGUGGGUGUGGAACCCUAGGGGUGGCAAGGCAGGUCAGGACGAGGAGGACGAGAACGAGGACGAAUCGUGGGAGGUGAAGGCGUUCGAGGAGGAUGCCGGGAACAUCAUGGGCAGCACGUGGCCGCCGCGGUCCUACACUUGCACCUUCUGCCGCCGGGAGUUCCGGUCGGCUCAGGCUCUCGGCGGCCACAUGAAUGUCCACCGCCGCGAUCGGGCCAAACUCCACCACCACCACCAAACCCUACCGCCGCCGCCGCCGCCACCACCACCACCAAACCCUACCACCAACCCAUCAUCGGCCUCAUCCCCUUACAUCAUCCCAUCUACAGAAUUCUCCACCGCCGCCGGCGGUUUAUGCUUGCUCUACCAAUUCCCAAACCCUAAUACCAACCACCACCACCACACCGCCGCCGCCGGCGGAGGCUACAGCACCGCCAUCUCCUCCGCCGCGACCAAUGCAUGCACCACCGCCGAUUCCCCCUCCACUCUCCUCUCCAUGGCGCCGUACGCUCAGCACCGCCAUAACCGCGGCCAAUCUCGUAAUCCUUACCCGCCGCCAAGGCGAAACAAUUCGUCAUCUUCUCCUCCCCAAUAUUAUGAUUUCGGCGGCGGCGGCGGAGGAGGACAGCUGGCGGCGGCGGAGGGGAAUGAUAAGGAGGAGGUGGAUCUGGAGCUGAGGCUUGGCCAGAGAUCCACGUCAUCCUCAUCAUCAGCUUAA